CAAAGUAGAACGGGUAAAUCCGCUUUCGACUCUAAAUCGGAGCCCAAAAACAGCGAUAAACCCCCCGAGUCCGGCGGAAAGGAGAAGCAGCGGCGGCGGAGGGAGAAGGAGGAGCAGGAGGAAUAAUCAUGGAGGGGCAGGGCGACGCUGCGGCGGCGGCGGCGGCGGUCGGCGACGAGGCGGCGGAGCAGAAGGCUCUCGCCGAGGCGUUCUGCGGCAUCACGUCUGCCACCCGCGAGGAGGCCGUCUUCUUUCUCGAGAGCUCCGGCUGGGCCCUCGACGCCGCCAUCCACUCCUUCUACGACGACCACCUCCUCCCCAACCCCUCCUCCCCACCUCCACCACGUCCUCCUCCUCAACCUCAGCAUCUACAAGACGACGACGACGACGACGACGGCGGCGGCGGCAAUGGCGGCGGUGACGAUGAUGAGGAUGAUGAGGACUACCUCCCUCCGGAGGCGGAGGACGACGAGAAUCGCGUCGGGCUUCGAUCCUCCGCCCGACCGGUUGCGGCGUCGGCGAGUUCGAGAUUGAGGAAGGCUGCGGAGAAGGAGAAGAAGAAGAAGACGACGACGACGUCAACGUCGGUGGAAAGAGGCCGAGCGACGAUUCGUACCCUCGCCGAUCUCAAUCGGGGGUCGGGAACGGGAUCGGGAUCGGAUAGCGACUCCGAUGAAGAGCCGGAGGAUUACUAUACCGGUGGCGAGAAGAGUGGGAUGCUCGUUCGAGAUCCUACAAGAGGAAAUCAUGAUGUGGCUUCAAUAUUCAAGAAAGCUAGGAAAAUGGGAGCUGUGCCGGGACCUUCUCAGUCCCAUCAAUCAUCUUCGAGGAGCUUUGCAGGGACUGGCAGGCUCUUAUCAGGUGAAACAGCACCGUCAGCUCCUCAACAACCUGAGGAUAUCACUCAUAAUAUCUAUUUCUGGAGCAAUGGAUUCACUGUAAAUGAUGGUCCAUUAAGAAGGUUUGAUGAUCCUGAAAAUGCUUCGUUCCUUGAGAGUAUUACAAAGUCGGAAUGCCCAGAGGAGCUUGAGCCAGCUGAUAGGAGAUCCAAAGUUCAUGUCAAUCUCGUUAGGAAACAAGAAAAUUACCCUGAGCCCGUGAAGCGCCACGCUGCAUUUCGAGGUGUAGGAAGAGUUCUUGGAAGUGGAUCUUCCGAUGACUCCAUCCCUGAGCCCACCGCAACUGUUACUACUACUACUACUACCACCACUGCGAACACUAGUAACGGCCUUUCAUUGGAUGCUGCUUCGCCGUCUACCUCUAUCCAGUUAAGGUUGGCUGACGGCACUCGCAUGGUGGCGCGUUUCAAUACCACCCACACGGUCGGCGACAUACGGGCGUUCAUUGAUGCAUCGCGACCCGGAGCGACGAGGACGUACCGGCUACAAACCGUCGGCUUCCCCCCGAAGCAGCUCGAUGAUGCCACCGUGACAAUAGAGGAAGCGGGCAUUGCUAACUCGGUUGUCAUUCAGAAACUCUAGCCUUAUGAACCAAACUACUAUGCUGUUUGUUACAACUACAAUACACAUGUACGGUCGGAUUUGGAAAAUCCUUUUUACUCGUCUGUUUUCUGUAAAUUGCCGGCCGCCUAAAUAAGUACAUAUCUGCGCAAUCCUGGGUCCUCGAAAGUCGAAGGGUGGGAACAACUUUGUUUUUUUCUUUUUCUCUCUUUUGGCUUCCUUGAUUAUUAUUCAUGUCUUAUUUUAGAAUAGAUUAGUCAUGUACUUGAAUAGCUGGUACCUGAAAACUGGUUAUUUGGCUUGUAAGUUAAGGACCUUCAUCUUUGUUCAAGUAACUACUUCCAUUUUGGACCAUGCCGUCGGACUUUUCGGUUUGCAGUUGUAAGGGAUAUCAUCUCUCCAGGAGUCUUUUUUUGUUCGUCA